UAUCGAUAUCUAAAUUAGCCGUACCUCCUUUGUUUUAUAAAUUAAAAAAUAUGCCGCCAAAAAAGGGAAAAGGUAAAGGCAAGGAGCCUCCUCCGCCUGCAAAAGCGACUGGUCCUCCACCUAAGCCAAAGAAGCCGCCUCCACCACCCGCCUGUUUUGGGCCUGAUGACUUAGCUAAGUUUAAAGAACUGUUUAAAGCUAUGGAUGAAGAAAAUAUUGAGAAGGUAAAGAUCGAACAAAUACCUUAUAUGCUACGUAAACUAGGAUUUAACCCGAAAACUGCGGAAAUAAAGGAACUAUUUAGAUUAUUCCUAGAAGACGAUUUAGUUGAUACUGUGGAAUACCAUGAGUGGCUGUUUAUGAUUGAAGCUAAAAUGAAUUGGGGCGAUGACUUUGAACUAGCAGUUACAAAAGCUUUCGCUGCAUUGGCACACGAUGACGAAGAAGUGGGUAUCGCUGAUUUCGAACUACUAAGAGAAGAACUAACAGUUUGGGGUGAACCGUUGACAGAAAUAGAAUUCGUGGAUUGGAUUAAAUUAGCAAUAAAGGACAAAACGUACAAUCUUGAAGAUGGAACUUUCAAUUACGUGAAGUUUAUCGAGAACAUGAAUGCCAAGGAUGAGAAAUACAUUAAGGAACCGAUAAACUUCUUCAAACUGGACCAGAAGACAUUAGCUGAGAUGGCAAUGAAGAAGGCACAAGAAGAAAAGGCGGAGCAGGAAAAGAAAGAAGCUGAUCGACGAGCGCGGGAGGAAGCUAAGAGACAGAAAAUGAUUGCUGAUGGCUUGAUUCCACCCGAUUAAGUACCGGUUUCACAGCUUUCAGAUAGUUCUGUUUAGCAUACCUGUCAGUUCAAAUAACAAUCUUGGUAAAAAUUAAGCCAGAAAUUAAUGUCAAAUAUCUACGUUACCAGGGUCAUAAUAAGCAAGUGGUGAAACUGGUUUUAAGUAUUUUAAAUUUAUUGUAACUUAUAUUAUGAUGGUGACGGUAUUUUUUAAUGUUGGUUUCGAAUAUCUUACAAUAUUAUUUUUAUAGCAUUAGUUUGGAUCUCAAAUCGUUAUAAUAUUAAAUCUGUUCCUUAUGUAGAUAUUUUUUUUAUUCAGAAUUAAUACCACAUCGAUUUCGCAAGGUAAAUAUAUUAUUGCA